AGGCUGGGCCUCCUCAUCCCGAAUAGCGGAUUCUCUUUGUUACGAAAAUGGUGAUUGUUUAAACUCCCCUCCUCUCCCCGGUAAUGUUUAUUUUCGGUAAAUAAAGAUGUUGCCACGCUUGAAAUAUUAUUAUUAAAACAGUGCUUCACGAAUUUGGUGAAAUUUUCCACGAUAUUUCUGCGUUGUUUUCGCGUGUGUUUAUCUUUUUGUUCUUUUUCUUCAUUCUCUUUCCUUUAUCUUGCGCAGUUUUUGCGUCUUUAUUGGAGCAAGUUCAAAAGAUACGAAUGACGUCGUCGCGAAAAGGAAAGGUAUAAUUUGGCGCGAGAAAGACCUGAGGCACAAGAGUCACUUGGCUAUUUUUAAUAUGUUACAAAGCAGCACCGCUCGAGAGAUCGAUACAUUUUUCCGUUUAAAUUCACUCUCAAAUAGAUGUCGUCAGCCCGUCUCGAGCUUCGUUUUCUCUGUGCGUGUUUGUGCGUGUCGCGUCAAAGAUAUUUAUAACAUAAAUUAGAGCGGUACACGGAUAAUGGCUUUUGAGGUUAGCGAGUCGCCAAAGUGCGAACGGUCAUUCUGUCCUUUUUGAAAGACACUCUUCUUUUUUCUCCUCUCCCUUACUCUUCUAUUCUCUCUUCUGCAUCGUGCUCGAGAUUCUUCCUCGUUCACUGUUUAUUAUUGUUCCUCUGUCUUCUUCCACAUUGACCGAUCUUUCGACAAUUUGAUUCGCGCUCCCUGUGCGUUUUGACUUUGACGUAAUCAGCUGGUCGUCGGUCGCGAGUGUGAUCUCGUGUGUACAGAAAAAAAACAAUGCCUCGUUUACGCGUAUCUCGUGAAACUGCAGAUGCACUUGAGAUGGCUGAAGACACAGUUAUUGAGUCUUUCAUAAAUCGUGUUUACUAUCUUGCACGAGAGGGUAUGGCCAUGUACCUUUACCUACUUCUUAUGACACAAACCGAAGAACAAAUUAACACUCUCAUCAAUCAGAAAAUUAUGCAACAGGAUGGAGAAGAAUGCACGCUCCUGACAAUAGCUGCACGCCAUGGACACUUCAAAGUAGUAACGAUGUUGAUCGACAAAUUUAAGCCUGAUUUGGAACAGGAAGGAACAGUGAAAUUUGAUGGAUAUGUCAUAGAUGGAGCGAGUGCACUCUGGUGCGCCGCUGGUGCGGGAUAUCUGGACAUUGUGAAAACUCUUGUGAAGGCUGGAGCAGAUGUGAAUCAUGCCACAGACACAAAUUCGACCCCCUUAAGAGCAGCUUGUUUCGACGGUCGAUUAGACAUUGUAACUUACCUAACGGAGCACAGGGCAAACAUUCACAUAGCGAAUAAAUACAAUAACACAUGUUUAAUGAUCGCAGCUUACAAAGGACACGAAGACGUUGUCAGUUAUUUGCUCGAUCAAGGCCUAAGUCCAGAUGACAAAGCCAACUGCGGAGCGACAGCUUUGCAUUUUGCUGCCGAGUGUGGACAUUCGAAUAUAAUUGUCGAGUUAUUGAAACGCGGGGCUAGCAUAACGAAAAACGAUAGCAAUAUGACACCGAUUAUCACGGCUGCGGAAAGAUCUCGAGCCGAAGUCGUUGAAGCCUUCGUCCAACAAAACGUUGUAACCAAGGAAGAAACAAUCGACGCGUACGAAUUACUCGGCGCAUCUUACGCAAAUGAUAAAGAUAGUUAUUGCCUAGUUAGGGCUUAUAAAUAUCUUCAUCGAGCAAUGGAAUUGAGAUACAGCGAUCCAGAAAAUGUAAUGCGAAAGAAUCUUGGAGAACCUGUCAAAGCCUACGAAUAUUGGAGAGAAUGUGAGACUUUGGACCAAUUGGAAGCUAUAAAAAAUAAUCAAAACGCUCUUCAUAUGGAAGGUCUUGCCAUUAGGGAAAGGAUAUUAGGUCCCCGUAAUGCCGAGGUACCACAUCCGUUGAUAUUCCGCGGAGCAAUAUUCGCUGACAACGCAAGAUUCGACAGGUGCAUCGAUCUUUGGUUACAUGCACUUAAAUUGCGACAGUCUAACAAUAUAUCCGUCGUGAAAGACUUGUUGCGUUUCGCUCAGGUUUUUUCACAGAUGAUACACGUCGGUGUGGAUCUUCAGUUUCAACAAGUACUAGAUGUUCUCGAAGCGAACGUCAUCGAGCUCUGUAGGAACAAAGCAAAAUUGGAGGAAUCCAAUCCAGAGGAUAUCAACCAGUGCAUCAAUGAGUCAGAAUCAAACAUCAUCACGACCCUGUACAUUUUGACGAUUCUCACUAAACUCAUGACCAUCAAUGGUUAUGGGAAAAACUGUGACGAGCCAGAGGUUAAAAGAGCUCAUUAUCUCGUCCACAAACUCUGUGCGCUUCGUUGUACCUUUACCAAUGGCCGAACACUUUUGCAUCUUGCGGUCAAUGCAAAGACUCCUGUUGAUGAUUUUCACACGAAUGACGUGUGCAAAUUUCCUUGCGCAGCUACAGUCAAAUUAUUGAUACAGUGUGGCGCCGAUGUGAAUGCGAUGGACAACGAUAGGAAUACGCCACUUCAUUUGAUCGUCACGUAUCAAAAACCAAUCAGUGGUUUUAUGACGCUCCACUGUAUAAUAUUGGAAUUGAUUGAUGCUGGAGCUCACAUAGAUACCGUAAACAGUCUCGGGAAAACUCCUUAUGAGGCUGCAGCGACUGGUGUUGCAGAAAUCAUAUUACGCACUCGAACGAAAAUUUCACUCAAGUGUAUGGCAGCAAAAGCCGUGAAAACGUACGGUUUGUCAUAUAACGGUCACGUACCACGCACACUCGAAAGCUUUAUCGAACUUCACGGUUCAGGACUGAACCAGGGUUAAUACACCCGGCCACAUGGAACGAACGAAGGGAAAAGAGAACGAUCAAAAAAGAAUGUUAUGUAAAUAAAUUGUAAGAUAGAGAAAGGACACUUAAUCGUGACAGUUAUAUAAAGAAGAUUCAUAGUAUUUAAACAAACAAAAUAAUGGUAUACUCCAAAGUGUAAGUUUCAUACGAGUGUAUUUUAACGAACUCUCUUUGUAAAUGUAUGUGGCUCUGUCUUCAGUCGCUGCUAUGACUUCAGCUUAAUCAACUUCGAAGAUGCAAACUAAUCAAUUAUUUAUUCAUAAGUCAUAUUCAUUUACACAACAGGCCGUAAAAAAUGAAAUAAUAUCAAGUUAACUAGUUUUCUUCUUUUUGUACAAUGUUCAUUGGCUCAAAGAUCAAAAAGGUUUGAUUAAUUGUGUUGAAUGAAACCAAAAUGUUUACAAAA